CCUAAUGGAAUAAAAAAUGUAUACUGCGGCGUGAGAAGUAUUUUUUUUUUUGCAGAACCUUGGCCCAUAGCCAACCUCGAUCCAAAUUCUGCCUUCCCCAGUCAUCCGAACGGACCCCUGCUGCCUUCCCUCCAAUGGCGUCUCUGGACACCGACGUGAUGACUAUUCCGGCCGGCGAGGGUUCCAGCGGCGCUGCACCGUCGUCUUCAGCCAAGAAAGGCAAGAAUUUCGAGAUCAAAAAGUGGAAUGCAGUUCCCCUCUGGGCUUGGGAUAUUGAGGUGGACAACUGUGCUCUUUGUAUGAAUCACAUCAUGGACCUCUGUAUUGAGUGCCAAACUAAUAUGGCUAGUGCCCCAAGCGAGGAAUGCACAGUUGCUUGUGGGUUUUGCAACCAUGCCUUCCAUUUCCAUUGUAUCAGCAGAUGGCUUAAGACAAGUCAAGUUUGCCCCUUAGACAACAGCGAGUGGGAGUUCCAGAAGUACGGGCACUAGAACCUACAUUCCCUGUUGCCCUUUGAGUUUCCACUAGCAAACUGCACGAUGAAGAAUCAGGGCAAGUGGUAUUUAAUCCUGACUUUAUGCUUUUCGAAAACAUAUUGAUGAAAUCUUUCAGUAGUUUAUAAUUUCCAAAUAUGUUAAGUUUGUUAAUCUGAAUGGUUUAUUUGUCGGGAAAAAUGCUGAGAGAGCUCAUUUAAAAAUUGAUUGUAAAUUGCGAUUAAUCGGCGCACCAUGCGUUGUU